AUCGGCAAAUCCACUUGUAGGCAACCAGAAACGUGACCGGGGCCGUUUUCGGUGCUGUCGCUGAACCAUCGACUGCCCGAUCGCAGGCCACUCCUUCGCUCUCUCUCCUCCGGAAUCAUCUUCGGCGAAUAAGCUGUGGUGGUGCGCGAAGACGAGGAAUUCGUUCGGCCAACUCUUUUCCCCUUUCCUCCUCGAUCCGCCGCUCCUUCGCUCCCUCAACGUCUCCCAAUCUCCCACCUCUCGACCCACGGUUACGCCCCCUUUGCCUCUCCGAUUCCCCUCCCUCCUCUUUUUCGACUAUCAGCCUCUCUUGCAAUCGCCUACCAUACUCUGCGUUACAAUUCAAUUCAACAGUGAUCCUCAAGCCUCGUGGUGGUGGCAACCGAGCUUCCAUCGUGCCACAACUCCGCACGGGUGGCGGAAUCCCUCAGCACUUAUACUAUCUAUCCUCAGCUGACCCGAAUUCUGCUUCCUUGCGCGAAUGGGUGCUUCCUUGCGUAGUUCACGCAGGAACUUGGCCAGGAGGUAAUUGGCACGAGUCGGCGAUCCGAUCGAGCAAAGGACAACACAUCUCCCGAGACGAUAAAGCCCUUUUUCGACGAUUGCACCUUCCAUGAAGAAAUGAGCUCGGUUCCGAGUGCCGCCGUUGACCACCCCGUCGACUCCUCUGUCGGCGAUUCUCCCGCCGGUUCGCAUGCCUUGGAGACUCCUCGCCCGGUAGACGCUGCGGAUGCGCCAUCAUCGGAGGGGGAUAAGGAGCAGAAACAGACUGGCGGCCCCGCUGGAAGUAACUCAGACGAUAAACCUCCUGCGGACCAUACUGGCCAGGAUGCGGGAUCUGGACAGGCGGAGGAACUAGAUGACUUCGGUUUGCCGAUUCGACCGCGUGCCAAACCUGCCCGGUCGCCGACUGAGUCUUCCGAAGACACUCAGGAGUUCCACGAUGUUCAGGAGGCCGCCGCGGACACGACAGACAAUGACAAAGCGAGUGAAUCGGAAGAGCAAGCGAUUACAGACAGACCUCAGAAGGAACAAGAACCUCAAUCGGUACCUGAGAACGAGGUAUCGGAGAAGUUAGAACGUGGAAAAGAGGAGACGCAGCCUACGAAUGCAACCCCUACUGCAACUCCUACCACAACUUCAACUCCGCAGAAGGAAGAGGUCCCCCAAGCGGCCGAAACAACUCCACCCAAGCCCAACGACAAUAGCGAAAUCUCCGACAUCUCCCCGGACCAUGAAGGCGGGCCGCCGCCGCCAUACACUAAAGACCCAGCUCCACAAACCGCAGCUUCCUCGAUUAAACCGGAGACCUCGCGUCAAAAACGUGCAAGUCUCAAGGCUUCGGAAUGGUCACAUCAGCGACUCAAUGAAGCCAAGGAAUCUGAAAGUGAGCCCGAGGAAGAGGACGAUGGUGGGUGGAAGGAGAUGCCCGCUGUAGAUGAGUUUGAUUUUUACGACGAUUAUGGACGUCUAGUCGUACGCGGUGCCAAAACGGAGAGCAACGAAGCAGUGUAUCAAGGACUAGGAGGUGCUGGAAAGGGAUACACUCGUGUGCAACUUGACGAGGAUGCCCACUCAGUGACGAGUUUAGACGAAGACACGAGCUAUCUUUUCAAAGAGAACGGUGCCACAGCGGCUGGCGUGGAGGGGGAAGAGUUGCGUGAUCCCCUAAGUCAACUGCAGGCGACCAAGGACCUGCUUAAUGAAACCCAGAAAAUAGCCUACGUUGGUGUGGUCAGACUUGCUAUUCAUCAGCUUACGUCGGAUGUGGAGAAGAUACCGGUCACCAGGGGCACGCGCAAGGUCAAGCAAAAAAGUAUCGACUCAAUGCGGAAAUGGGGUCAAGCGAUGAUGUCCAGGAUCUAUUUUCACAUGGACAUCGAUUCCGCAGAGCAAAUCAUGAUCGAGCAACUGGCAGAACACGGCGUCCAGCCAGCCGACCUUGUUCGACCUCUCAUGCAGAAUGCCCGCGUUCACAAUCCCUUGGCAGACGAGCAAGACACAUCCAGAAAAUCUACAUCUUCCCUGGCAUCUCCCAGCGUCCAAAGGAAUUUCAGAAACAGUUUGUCCACGGAGAUUGACCGGUCUUCCGCCUCAACGUCCCCUCCGCCCUAUGAAACCCACGAAGGGGAAGACCUGCCCGAGGUUCGUACACCCUCUCAACUACCCACCUCGGAGAAAAUCGAUAUAGAUCUCCGCUGGACGGUGCUAUGCGAUCUAUUUUUAGUCCUCAUCUCCGAUUCCGCCUACGAUUCACGGUCACGGACCCUACUCGAAAGAGUGGGCGAUUCCAUGGAGGUUUCGUGGCUGCAAAUUGCACGAUUUGAAAAGCGUGUGAUCGAUGCCCUCGAAAUGCAGGAGGCUGCAGAGAAGGAGACCUGGGACGAGUCGGAGCACAUGGAGGCACGACGUAAGAAGGCUUUGAAACGCCGGUAUAUCACGAUGGGCUUGGCUACCGUGGGUGGUGGACUCGUCAUCGGUCUUUCUGCCGGAUUGCUGGCUCCUGUCAUCGGUGCCGGUCUCGCGGCUGGGUUUACCACCGUAGGAAUUUCCGGCACGGGAGCUUUCUUGGGAGGUGCAGGUGGCACGGCAUUGAUCGCUUCCAGCGCUACUUUGACCGGAAGCUCGAUUGGAAUGAGGGCUUCCAAGAGACGCACGGGUGCAGUCCAGACCUUUGAGUAUCGUCCUUUGCACAACAACAAGAGAGUCAACUUAAUUGUCACCGUAGCAGGCUGGAUGACCGGUAAAGUCGAUGACGUCCGGUUGCCGUUCAGUACGGUUGAUCCCAUCAUGGGUGAUCUAUAUUCAGUCCUCUGGGAGCCUGAAAUGCUUCGGAGUAUGGGUGAAACCAUCAACAUUCUCGCUACUGAGGCCUUGACGCAAGGACUGCAGCAAGUUCUAGGAAAUACGGUCUUAGUUGCUCUAAUGGCAUCUUUACAGCUUCCUAUGAUCCUGACGAAGUUGUCUUAUCUGAUUGACAACCCCUGGAAUGUCUCGCUGGCGCGCGCAAGCGCGGCAGGUCUUAUUCUUGCUGACUCUCUGAUCGACCAUAAUCUCGGGAAGCGACCAGUCACCUUACUUGGUUUCUCGCUCGGUGCGAGGGUCAUCUUUUCCUGCCUCAGAGAGCUUGCAGACAGGGGUGCGCAUGGGCUCGUUCAGAAUGUUUACAUGUUUGGGUCGCCCAUGGUGGCCAGUAGAGAUGAAUAUCUGAAAGCCCGAAGUGUCGUCUCUGGCCGCUUUGUGAACGGCUAUUCCUCCAAUGAUUGGAUUCUGGGAUACCUUUUCCGUGCUACAAGCGGUGGUAUCAUGCGUGUGGCCGGUCUCGCCCCCAUCGAGGGGAUUCCCAAUUUGGAGAACUUUAACGUUACUAAACUGGUGAAUGGUCACAUGGAUUACCGUGCAGCCAUGCCUCGACUAUUGAAGGAAGUUGGAUGGGAGGUUCUGAGCGAGGAAUUUGCCGAGAUCGAGGAUCCCGACCCUGACAAUCACAACGAGCGACAACGGGAACUGAUCCGAGAGAUUGACGAAGCUCGGCGGGAGGCUGAAGCUAAGCCGGAGAAAAAGCGAUUUGGACUUUUCAAGCGAGGAAAGUUGGCGCAGAAGAAGGGAUGGGAGACCUACGAUGUGGAGCGCAAUAAUGCCACUCCUCGAGAGUCGAGCGACAGUAACGGAGCCGGGACGGUGCUAUUUGACAUUGACGCAAUCAAAGCCGAGCUCGCCUCGGAAAGCAUUGAAGUCAAACAGCUUGAGUCGACGCUUCCACCCAUGAAGUUAGACUUGAACUCUCCUUCAAGUCCCUCUGCUGCUGCUCCAGCAGCACCAUCUCCGUCGGCUGGCAAGGACACCAAGAGUACGAGUGCAAGCCAACCUGUGUCUCCAUUGCCCCAAGACCCAGUCGACAAGAAGGGUCCCAACGACUUGCAUCAUGCUCCCAACCAUGAAGAAGAAAUCGAGAUGACCUUCGACACCCCUUACCACGAACCCCCACAACGUUCGUAUUCAUCGUUUGGGACUUCGUCUUACGAUCAUUACGAGCCCCAACCUGCAAGGCCCGAACUCCGGUCUUCAAACACGAUGCCAGUUGGAGUCGGAGUCGGAGCUGGAAUGGGCGUAGGCGCCGGCGCACUUGGUGCCAUGGCUCUCGAGCACAACGCCUGGGCCGAUCACGACAUAGGCAACGGAGAGGAGGGUGAAAUCUCCAUGUGCUUCGAGUGAUGAUGAACCUUAUGAUUCUAUAUGCUAGACCGGUGCUAUACGAUCUUCGCGACCCAAAUCACUCACCGAGUGCGACAAGGUUACGUACGAUACGAUUCUUCUUUGUUUAAUUCUUUUAUUACCGACUGGUGGGAGGUAGGUAGACCUUUGUGCAUAAUAAUCUUUGUUCUUGCAUAUCAUUUCUGUUUGCUACUUGCUGUUAUUAUUUUUGCUUCAUCUUUCAUUCUAUCCUGCUUCUGGCAUUUUUGUGGACAUUUAGUGGUGUCCUGGCGACGCGGCGUCUGCAUAUACACUCUGAAGAUCAUUGGUUCUGAAGUCUAUCAUUGUGUUAGAACUUUAAUUCAUGACAGUCACCUC